AUGAGCGCACCAGACCCUUUAGUGCUUCAAGCACUGCAAGGCUACACACAAGAAUGUGACAAGUGGCCUGGAGCUCGAGUGGUUAAAAUUUACGUCGCAUCUGUAUACAAUGAAUUUCGAGAAGAAAGACGCAAUCUUCUUGAGAUGGUUGGACCGGAGCUGCAAUCAACAUACGACGAUCGACAUAUUGAGAUCGAGUUUGUUGAUAUGCACUACGGUACCGACGGUAAAGAUGAAACUAAUCCUGCGCUUUUACGAUACCAUUUAAAGGAAAUACAAUGCUGUAACCAUACAUCAAAAGCAGGAUAUUUUCUUUGUUUUAUUGGAGGUGAGGCAUCAAUGUAUCAACCUGUUCUUCCCUUUAAAAUUCCUAUCAACACGUUUGAAAAAUUAGUCAAAAUUAACUCGGCUCAGGCAGCUCUUAUUCGAGAAUGUUACAAGUUGAAUGGCGACAAUAUCUACCAGUUAGAAGGUGACGAAAAAUGGUUUAGCGACUUAAUAGAACGGGAAGAACAACGAAAGCACCUGUCGGCAAUCGAAAAAGCUUUCAAGACACUGGCUCUAGAAGCUUUAGAAGACAAAGAUGGCGUCGCUGAUUUACUACGAAGUCCAACCGAAAUACAAUGUGAGCUGGCUUUAGAAUUACUAUCAAAUGGAAAACAUUCAAAAGGCAUGAUAGUUGUUUUAAGAGAUAUUCCAGAUCUCGAACACGAUGAUUCUAAAUUGACAAUCAUAGCACAUGAUCGAUUAAUAAAAUUGCAAAGAAAACUUGAAGAUAUACUACCAGAUGGCCACAUCAUAAGAUUGGAGACGACUUCAGCUGAUUCAUCAAGGACUGAUGGAGCUUCUGAUAAUGACGAGAAACUGUCACCAUUCAGAGAUCGAGUUCAUGCUGUAGUCAGUGCAUUGAUAGAUGAUAGCUUAAGUACUGAGCCUGACCAAGGUAGAGGAAGGAAAAAGACGGUACAGGAAGUUUUCCUAGAGCAUAUUACUCAUCUUAGGAUAUGUAUAGAACAUAAUAGUCGUUAUAAAGUAACUGCUAAACAAAUUGAAGAUAUUGCUAAGGACAUUUUAACCAACGUAAAAGAAAAUUACGAAAACCGGUGUCGCCAUCCUCCUGUCCUGAUAUAUGGUCCUGAUGCUUCAGGAAAAAGCACUUUAUUGACGCAUUUGUAUUUUAAAUGUGAAGAAUUUUUUUCGAAACCCGUUUUGAGGAUUAUACGGUUUUCGGCAUCUACUCCAAGAUCGGCCUACAAUUUGGAAUUGCUCAGAGUAAUGUGCCAACAAAUAUCAAUAAUUUUAAAUAUUCCAGAAGGAUACUUACCAAAAGAUGCUAGUUUUGAUCCCUUAUAUAUAAAUAACUGGUUUCAAAGCCUAUUACGAAGGUGUGAAGAUAUGGAAAAUCAAAUAUUGCUAAUUUUUAUUGACAAUGUUCAUAGAGUUAAUCCUUUGGAAUGUGACAUAGUUACUGGAUUGUCAUGGCUACCAAUGUCCUUACCAAGAAAUGUAUUCCUUAUUUGUACAAGUGCUGUAUCUUUAGAACUAUUACAAUUGACCCCAGCCCAAAAGGAAAAAUUUAAAAUACAAAACUGUUACUAUUUGCUGGAUGCUGUCGAAGAGACAUGCGACAACCAAAGCUACGGAGAUUAUAUUGACGGUGCCUUUGAUAAUUUAGAGAUAGUGUUCGGGGCCAAAGCAUUUAGUAAAUUAGCUGGUUACAUAACCUGUUCUGAAUUUGGCCUUACGGAACUUGAACUUUUGGAGCUUUUAAUGCCUACUAGUAACAGUGACGCAAUAAUAACAUUACAAGAUGCUAAUUUUAACUUUUCUACCUUGUGCGUCACCAAGUAUAUGAUGAAAUCUUUGAUCGUGGAGAACGUUGUCUCUGGACGAUGUACAUGGCGAUGGCGAGCGGCCGCGGCUGGAGCAAGGGCAAGGCGGCGAUACGUGCGUGUACAAAGCGCUUUACGAGAUACACAUUCCGAUUUAGCUGCCCUACAUUUUGCAAAUUUUUUGCAAGAAUCUGAUGAUACCGAUACCUCUGAGGCUCAGGAAUUAGGUUGUGUGGAUGAUGAUGACGCUCUUCUUGACUCAACACCAUUCCACUCAGGCAGUAGAACUGCUGCAGCAUUUACACAGCGCCACGUAGAAGAGUCGUGGUUGCAUCUCUUGCUUGCAGGAGAUUUUUCAAAGUUAAAGGAUCUCACAGUGUGCAAUUUUGACUUUUUGCUUGCUGCUGUUCAAACGGUAACUAUAUCGUAUCUCCGCUGUAUAUUGGAGCAUGUCCGGUGCUAUAUCCUGGACCGAGAUGUUGAGCUAGUUUAUGGGGCUGUGAGGAAAUCGAGUGAUAUUUUGACUCGCGACCCGAUGCAAUUGGGAGCGCAGAUUAUAGCGUGGUUGCGACCUGCAAUAGCCCGGCGUGGAGUACUCGCUACUUUAGUCACAGCAGCAAUGGCGUGGUGUGAUGGUUAUGAUAAGCCUUUACUCGUGCCUCUAAAUGGAUGGCUUCAACCACCUAUAGCAUCGACCGUGCGAGUAAUGUCCGUGGGAGGAUCAACUGGAGCUGGAGCCCGCCUUUUGCAACUAGCGCCAUCUGGUCAACAUCUCGUACUUGCACCAUCUGCUGGCGACCCACAACUCUGGCAUGUCAUGUCUAACUCUCGAGUUCACACAUUUAAAGGACACUCUGGACGGAUACUGUGCAUGUGCGUGACUCGAGAAUCACAAUAUCUCGUCACCGGCUCUGAAGAUACAAGUGUCGUUGUUUGGGAUCUUCACACUCUGGCAGUUAAAACCAAAAUCUUGGAACAUAUCGCACCCGUAUUAUGCGUCGCUGCGAUUGUGAACCGGUCUUUGGUCAUCAGCGGCGGUGAAGACUCUGCAGUAAUUGUCGCGUCGUUAGUUGACGGUGCUUUGGUAACUAAACUCGAUCAUCAUAGAGGACCGGUUACAUCUGUGAAAGUGAUAUUAGAUGGUGAAAUAUUAGUAACUGGAUCUCAAGACGGAACUGUAUGCACAUGGAACGUUGAUAAUUUUACUCUAUUGAGCACUGUAUCUGCGGGUGUGCCUAUACAUGUAAUGGAUGUGACAGAUGAUAAUGUUUUUCUUAUAACGCUUCAAGGGGAUAAUGAAUUACAUUUGCGAACUUUUAUUACUGGCACUUACUUACAUCCAUUAAAACGACCCAAGGCAAAGAUAAAAUGUUUCUGCGUGGCCCACGAUUCAUCUCGGGCAGCUGUUGGUUGUGCUGAUCAGCGCAUAUACAUAUACAGUUUGCAUAGCGGUCAACUUCUGCGCACAUUAGCAGCUGCUCACGACCUAGCUGCACUGGCCAUCGCUGACAAAGACCACUUCUUGUUCGCUGCAGGUGGUCACAGAGUUACUAUAUAUUCUUUCCAUACGGAAGAUAAUUUAACAAACUUCCGGCCAACUAAACAAAUGAAAAGACGUCAAACAAAAUCUACUACUAAUAUAACUAUACUACAGGCAGAGCAAAGUGAGCUGAUACCUAUAAGCUGUCUUGAGGUGUCCCGAGAUGGUCAGUUAGCAGCCAGUGGUUGUGCACGUGGCCUCGUCCGCGUUUGGCAUCUUUCCACGCACCGAUUACAGACCACUCUCAACGGUCACAUUGGUCACAUUACAUGUGUUACAUUUUCGCCUAAUAAUUUGCUAGUGCUAAGUGGCUCAGAAGAUAGAACGGUGGUCGUUUGGCAACUGGCAGAUAACUCACCUUCUUUAACCUAUAAGGGCCACACAGCUGCGCUUCAGACAUUAUUGAUGAUGUCCGAUGGUCGUCGCGCUAUGUCCGGUGACAGAGCUCGCAACAUCCACGUCUGGCUUGUAGACUCCGGCAUUAUAUUGCACUCUACUAACGGCCCAUCUGCUAGCGUAGACGUAACAUUAAAUAUGAAAUUUGCAGUUCUGUCAGAUGGUGAUAAUUCGAUCCGAAUUUGGGCACUUACUGGUGGUGAUAGUGGAGAGGAACGACGUUCGGUAUCACAUGCAGAACGAAUCACGUGUUUUGCCCUAACAGCGGAUUCACAACAUGUUGUAACUGGUUCGAUGGAUAUGUCGCUCAAAGUAUGGAAAUUAGAUGGUGGAAAAUUGUCUCAGGUUCUAGUAGGUCAUACAGACAUUGUGACAUGUGUCGCUGUAUCUAUAACAAACAAGACUCAAGUUAUAUCGGGAUCCUGGGACUUUAAUCUAAUUGUAUGGGAUAUUAACACUGGUUCGGAUUUACAUUUGCUCUCAGGACAUAUAGGUAAAGUUACAUGUGUCAAGGUCACUGGAGAUGGUACGAUCGCUGUUUCAGGCGCCGAAGAUAAGACAUUAAUUAUAUGGGAAACGAAACGGGGAUUGGCUCUAACUUCAUUAGCCCUUCAUGUACCAUUACUAGGAUUCCAAAUUACAAGCGACUGUGCUCGCAUCGUAGUCCAUCUUUUAGAUAGAGGUUGUUUGCCCAUCAUAUGCCUACAUAAUACUCCUGCUACAUACGUUAAGAUACCAACAUAUGCUGCACCAACAAAAGACACAGAUGAACUACGUCCAUUAGCCCCUAAGCGGCCGAUGAGAAGAUUGUUGAAGAAAGAAGUAUCUCUAGAUACCUAUACAUGGCAAAAGAAGUAUGGUCAUCUGACGUCCGCUGCAAUGAUGGCGCAAGUCGAUGAACGAUUGAAAAGAAGGUUUUCAGUAUCAGCUUCAAUGGAAGAAAUAUCAAAAAUACAGGAAGCUAAAAAUAAAGAUUUGGGUUCUCAGGUGAGCUUAGGCCCCGAACAAGCGGCCAUUGCACAAUCGCAACAUUUCGAUCAACUUGAGGCGCUUUGGAAUAAAAUUUCGCCUCCACGACGUCGCUCUAACAAGUCUCUGUCUAAGCAAAGUUCGUUGAUCGAAAGUCGAUUCGACUCUUCUGAUGAAGAACAUACACCUGUUGAAGAACAAGAGCAUAUCGUCGAGUAA